GGUGAAGGAAGACGGAGGUCCUUCUUUCGUAUUACGAGCUUUCCGGGGGGCCUCUCUUGAAGACACCGACAGCCCUCGGCGCCGAUGGAGCGCCGGUAGAAACCCUAGAUUACCUUCCGUUCCAAGGUAUAGGGCGUUUUCAGGGCCGUCGGUGGGCGUUCGACAUGGAGAUCCUUAACAAGCUCAAGAAUCUGGAUGCGUACCCAAAAAUUAACGAGGAUUUCUACAGCCGGACCUUCUCCGGAGGCGUCAUCACCGUCGUCUCUUCCAUCAUCAUACUCUUGCUGUUCAUCUCAGAAACUAGACUUUUUCUUUACUCAGCAACUGAGACUAAGCUGAUUGUGGAUACUUCAAGAGGAGAGAGGUUACAUGUUAACUUUGAUAUUACGUUUCCAUCUCUUCCUUGUACGCUUCUUAGCGUUGAUACAGUUGACAUAAGCGGGGAGCAGCACUAUGAUAUUAGGCAUGAUAUAACAAAGAAAAGAUUAGAUCAUCUUGGGAAUGUUAUCGAGUCAAGGCAGGGAGGUAUUGGUGCCCCAAAGAUUGAUAGGCCUUUACAAAAGCAUGGGGGAAGGCUUGAUCAUAAUGAAGCUUACUGUGGUACUUGUUAUGGUGCAGAAACUUCAGAUGAUCAAUGCUGCAAUUCAUGUGAAGAGGUUCGUGAAGCAUACCGGAAGAAAGGAUGGGCUCUAACGAAUCCUGAUAUGAUCGACCAGUGCACAAGAGAAGGAUUCUUUCAAAAGAUCAAAGAUGAAGAGGGGGAAGGAUGUAACAUCCAUGGUUUCUUGGAUGUCAGCAAAGUAGCAGGAAAUUUCCACUUUUCCCCUGGAAAAAGCUUCCAUCAAUCGGGCAUUCAUGCGCAUGAUCUAUUGGCCUUCCAAACUGAAAGCUAUAAUAUAAGCCACAGAAUAAACAAACUAUCAUUUGGAAAAGAGUUCCCAGGUGUGGUAAACCCCCUUGAUCGAGCACAGUGGAAACAAGGAGGAUCAUUUGGGAUGUAUCAGUAUUUCAUCAAAGUAGUUCCAACUAUCUACCAUGGCAUCAGAGGACACAAGAUUAAUUCAAAUCAAUUUUCAGUGACUGAGCACUUCAGAGAUGAAAGCGUAUAUCCAAGACCCCUUCCUGGGGUUUACUUCUUUUAUGACUUUUCACCAAUUAAGGUGAUUUUUACAGAGGAAAAUCGAUCAAUUCUUCACUUCCUGACUCAAUUAUGUGCUAUAAUUGGAGGUGUCUUCACUGUUUCUGGAAUUAUUGAUGCUUUUGUUUAUCAUGGAGCCCGGACGAUUAAGAAGAAAAGGGAGCUCGGGAAAUACAGGUGAUUUGCUUUAGGUGAUUUGCUCAGAAUUUGAGGUAGAUGUCUUGUAUUUUUCUAUGCUUAGCCUUGUCAAAAGAAUGGGGUUGGUAGAUUGCCAUACUAGUGAAAUUAUUGUAGAAAUUCCGCAAAAAAAGGUGUUACCCUGCAUGGAUACUGUGAAAAUUAUUACACGUGAGAGUGAUGUGACAAACACAUGCUAUUUAAUCUCAUUUAGUACCACGAUUUCUGUGAUUUA